GAACUAAAAAGUGCAUGGAUUUUAAGCCAUUCCCACAUUCUUCUUGCCUGUCAAUGUUUCAUUGUUCACAGUUUCAGUGCAUACACCAGCUGCAGAAAAAGUAUUUUUGGAAGAGAGACAUCGAGAGCUUGUGAAGCCAUUGAUCGACUGGAGCUUUGCUUAGAGCAGGGCAGGUCUGAAAGUAGGUUAAGGUCUCUCUGAACCAUGCUGGCAGCAUGUUCAAGAAACGUGUGAGUGAAUACGGGGGGUGUUAAGGCUAAAGAGCAGCCAAGGCAAAGGUCACCUCUGGGGGCUAAGGAGUCCAGACCGCAGAGCCGCUUUACACCUGCCGAGGGUCUGAGCCACUGAAGUCCCUCUUCGGUCCAUCCAUCAGCAGCAAUCUCCCCCGAAGUUGCCCAUGCUGACAGCGGCCGCGCCCGCCGUGGGGCGGAUCCCCCGGAGCUGAACGGGGGCCGGGACCGCCCCCGCCUCACUUGGCAGCGGGAUGGGGCUGCGCUGGGCGCUGCUGGUCGCGCUCCUGCAGGCUGCGGGCGGUCGGCUUUUUAGCAUCUGCCGCUUUCUGUUUCAUCAGACCUAUAUCAGUGUCUUGGAAAGGAAGGUGGUUAUAAUGAAACUACAGUCUGCACAAUGCAAAAAUCCCAGCACUGAAUUCUAUGAUGAAGGACUUAAUAAAUGCUGCAGCCGGUGCCCUCCAGGUGAAUAUAGAACAGAGCGCUGCAGUCACACAGCGGACACAAAGUGCAGUCCCUGUAGACCCAAUACCUAUACAGCAGUUUGGAAUCAAUCUCCUCAGUGCUUUGCCUGCUCACCACCCUGCAGGAAAGGAUUUGUGCAGAGUCAAGCAUGCACAAGGUCACAGGACAGAAUCUGUAGCUGCCCACCCAAUGAGUGGUGCAUUUUGAAAAUAUCUGAGGACUGCAAAAUAUGUCAAGUGCACAGCAAAUGUGGAAAAGGUUACCGAGUUUCCAGGAGAGGGACAGAUAGCACAGACACAGAGUGUAAACCUUGUCCUCCUGGCACUUUUUCACGUGAGGAAUCUUACGCUACCAGCUGUAUACCACACACAGUUUGUAAAUCAGUGGCAGUUCCUGGAAGCAGCAUCAAUGACACUGUUUGCAGUGACUCGAGAACAGCAGUUGCCACAGCUCUACCUCACACUAUUUUGAACCUGCUCCUGACCCAAAGCUCAGCUUCCAAUCAGCCUCAAAUAAUAACUCGACCUGUCAUUUUAAACUCUGUACCUGAGAUGUCUCAUAUCAUUGGAUCAGUAGCAGGGCCAUUGUUAUUGGUCUUGAUAAUUGCUGGUUUGGGAUUCUGCUUAGUCUCCAAAAAGAAAGCCCCUGUGUGCUCUCCCCCAACUACAAAAGCAGAUUUGUCUUCUUCCCCUACAGAAAAAGAGCAUGACAAAAAAGUAAGAAACACAGGAUUGCAAAACUCCAGCAGUUCUGAGCAGGAGGAACAUCAUCUCUUGGAAACGUCUGGAUCCAUCAGUAGCUCCCCAAAUAAUUCAACCGGAUCUGCAAGAGUCACUGUAAUAAGUAGCAACAACAAUGGAAAGAAAGCAACAGAAGGAUUUCAGCAGCAACAUUCAAAUGUAGACCAUUGUAAGCUUCACAGCGGAGACAGACACAGCUCUGCAAGUUCAGAACAUUCUGGUAAUGGAGGAACGCAGGUGAAUGUGACUUGUAUUGUUAAAGUGUGUAGUCCAGACUGCAGUUCCCAGUUCCCAGAACAGCCUAGUUCAACUAGUAUGGAUUGUGGCAACACUCUCAAGCAUUCUCCAGCAGGGGAAAAGAUUCCCCUUUCAAAAGAAGAAAACCUCUUGAAAAAUGAAACUGAAAUUCGGAUCUCAGUGGAAAAUGAGGGCAGCUUACCUCAAGACUUGCUUCUGGAAGAAACAAAGUUCCCUCAAGGAAUUCAAGAUGUGAAGAUGAAAAACAGUUAAAAGAAAUUACAGAUGAUAAGAUC